CUACAAAAAAAAACACUUAAAUUUUCACAAACAGUUUAAUACAAGAAUCAAGAUGGACUCCCAAAAUAUGAGCUACAAUGCUGGACAAGCCAAGGGCCAAACUCAGGAAAAGGCUAACACCAUGAUGGACAAGGCUAGCAAUGCUGCUCAAUCUGCUGAAGAAUCCUUGCAAGAGGUUGGACAGCAAAUGCAGGCUAAAGCACAAGGAGCUGCUGAUGCUGUAAAGAAUGCAACAGGAUGAACAAAUGAAG